CUCGAAUGGCAGGGACAAUGGACCUCAGACGUGACGAGUGCAUUUUCCAAUACUCCACAGGGAUUAUAUUAAUCAAAUCGUCCUUCUUGUUCGUGGAAAGCUCUGUCAACAGAAUCAAACUACUUUAGAGGCUUUAGUAACAAUAUAGACGUGCAUUCCAGGGAUGUUUUAGUUGAUCUUUUUGAGCAAAAUAUGAAAGUCAGCACAGAUUUCAAAUGGCUGUGUCAACUACGUUACUAUUGGAUCGACGAGAACAUGCUGACAAUGAUUAUUAACUUAUCACUGAAAUACGGUUACGAAUAUUUUGGAAAUACUUCUCGACCUGUGAUAACACCCCUAGCUGAUAGAUGUUAUCGAACAAUAUUUGGUGCUUUGAGCUUACAUCUUGGUGGCGCUCCAAAAGAUCCCGCGGGAACUGGAAAAACGGAAACAAUAAAAGAUUUAGCUAAAGCCUUUGCCAAACAAUACAUUGUUUUCAAUGGUUCCGAUGGAUUGGAUUACAUUGUUUAAUUUUUCAAAUAAUUUAAUAAUUGAUUUUUUUUCAUUACAGUGUCUUGAAUUAACCGGAGCCUGGUCACGUUUCGAUAAAUUCAACAGAAUUGACCUGCAAGUAUUGUCAGUAGUUGCACAACAAAUUUUGACAAUUCAACGAACAAUUAAUUCUGGAAAAUCGACUCUUAUUUUCGAAGGAACUGAAAUUGGUUUAGAUAUAACGUGUACUCUUUUUAUAACAAUGAAUCCUGGUUAUGCUGGCAGAACUGAGCUUCCUGACAAUUUGAAAGCCCUAUUUCGUUCUGUAGCGAUGAUGAAUUUAAUGAACAAACAUAAAGUUGAGAUGACGAUAUUUAAUCCAAAAUCCUUAACAAUGGGACAAUUUCAUCCAGUUUCUCAUGAAUAGAGCGACGGUGUUCUUGCCGUUAGUUAUCGUAGUUUUGCAAUUUCAACAAAUGAAAAUAGAAAAUGGUUAAUUUUCUAUGGACAAAUUGAUACCGUUUGGAUUGAGAAUAUGAUCACUGUUUUGGAUGAUAAUAAAAAAUUAUGCCUAAUAAGUGGAGAAAUCAUUCAAUUGGCAAGGACAAUAAUUUAAUUUUUGGAACAAUGAACUUGCAAGUAGCGUCUCCAGCCACUGUGUCACGUUGUGGUAUGAUUUAUAUGGAACCAUCGGCUUCAGAAUGGGAACCGCUAUUAAAAUCAUGUAUUGAAACAACGCAGAAAAUUUUCAGCACUUUUUUAAAAACUUUUUAUACGAAUCUUUUUUUAUUAGAUUUUGUAAACCAUUGUUUUUUUAACUUGGACGUGGUGGAGAUGAGGAAAUGUGUCCAAUGCCUGAUUCAAAUUUACUUCGAUCAAUAACACAUUUAAUGAACUGUUUCUUCGAUGACUAUAAAGAUGAAAAAUUUGCAAAAUCCAUUAGUGAAUUUGAUCUGCGAGCUCAAGUUGACGCAAUGGAUGGAACUUUAAAAGCUCAGUACAGAGAAACAUUCAGUACCUUGUUUCGAGGACUUUUGGAGAAACAAUUUCCAGAUUCUCUAAUGCGACAAUUUCAUUUGCCUGAAUUCGUUCCUUCACCUCAUAAACCCUACAUUUUUUUUAUGCCAAAAGAUGAUCUUGUCUUCGACUACAAAUUCAUCCGAGAAGGCAAAGGAAAAUGGAAAUUGUGGAGCGAUGAAUUAAUAAAUAUACCGCCGAUACCGAGGGAUAUUCCUGUGAAUCAAAUAAUUGUACCCACUAUUGAGACAAUAAGAUACAGGGCACUUUUUCAAUUAUUGAUUCAACAUCAAAAGCCAGUUUUAUUUGUUGGUUCAACAGGCACUGGAAAAUCUGUCUACAUUAUUGAUUUUUUAUUAAAAAAAAUGACGCUAAAAUUUAUAAGCCAUUGAUUACUAAUUUUUCGGCACAAACAACAGUCAAUCAAACGCAGGAUAUUAUAAUGACAAAACUUGAUAGAAUAAGAAAAGUAGUUUAUGGUCUU